ACGUCACGAUAGGAUAAAACUUGGCGCGAAAUACAUAUUGUCACAUCUUACUUAGUCAUGCGUUAGCUCAAUACAGACUAAGUAUAGUAUUUGGCAAUGUUGGUUUACCGGUUGUGGAUUAUGAACACCACGCUGUUUAUAAACACAGUGUGAAAAACCAGGAAGAGGUUUUGUGGUUAAAUAUAGAAAUUUUAGAAAGAAAAGGUAAUACCUGUAGUAUACCUGUAGUAAGUGGAAUAUAAGUGAAUCACUAUCAUAUGCCUAGGAACCUUUAGGAUUAAUACUAAUCUGUAAAGCUGGCUGAAACAUUUGUGAUCAAUGAUGGGGAAAAUAGUGUAUAGAGGAUUAUCACCAAAUAUGCAUUGAUGUAAAUAAACUGGAAUUAACAUUUAUAAUAAAGCACAGGACUUUGGGAUUAUUGAAAUAAUAAUUAACAAUGGCGAUGACGAAAGUGAAAAACCUGCAGUUAUGGUGUAAGAAGAUGGCUGAUGGGUACAGGGAUGUGGAGGUUCGAGACAUGGCAGCAUCGUGGAAGAGUGGACUGGCGUUUUGCGCUAUCAUUCAUCGGUUUCGACCAGAUCUGAUUGACUACGACUCGCUGUCUAAAGAGAAUGUGUUUGAAAAUAAUGAUCUUGCUUUUGAAGUAGCAGAAAAGCAACUGAGUAUCCCAGCAUUCCUGGAGGCAGCAGAUAUGGUAGCUAUAAGAGUUCCAGACAGACUGAGUGUUGUUACAUAUGUGUCCCAGUACUAUAACUACUUCCAUGACAAACCACAGUUGGGUGGACCUGGAGUGAAUAAAUUCAACAAAUCUGCCAAGACAAAAGACAAUGUAACUCAACCAGUGAACAAAUCUCUUACUCCUGCAAAAACUAACCAGCAAAAGAUUGAGAAACAGGAGUCUAUUGGAGACAAGUGUACAAUUUGUCAUGAAAGAGUUUAUCUUCUAGAACGACAUAUAGAAAACUCAAAACUGUACCAUAGAUCUUGUUUUAGAAAGAGCGAACUUUCGCCCACCAGCAAAGUGUUCAAAAGACAGCCAAACACUCUGUUUGGUGAAGAUAAAAAUGACUUGAUAAGUACAAAGCAUAGAAAAAUUGAUUCAGAUACUGUAAAAAAAGAGUGUAAGGAUGACGGUUUAGAUUUUUGGCAAAGACGAGCUCAGCAAAAAGCUAAAGAGAAUGAAAGGAAGAAAGGUGCUGAUACUCCUGUAGUCAAAUUAGAAUCUAAAUCAGAAGCUAAAGUAAAUACACAAACAGUAAACAAUGAUGAUCCUAUAUGGAAACGGGGCUUGGAGAAGAAAGAUCAAAUGUUUGCUAGUGGUGAUGAAAAAUCAAAAGAUGAGCCAAAGAUUAAAACAGGUUUAGCAGAUAGGUUUAAAGAAUUAGAUCAAAGAAAUUUAAAAGGUUUAAAUAGUACAGAAACUAAAAAAAAUGUUGAAAUAGUUAAAGAAAGAGAUAAAAAGGACAUUGGUGAUACUAAGAAAAAAUUUGAGAAAACUGUAGACAACAAAAAUACAGAAAACAAAGUAGUUACUCCAGUUGCUAAGCCAAGACAAAAUGUGUUAAGUAGAUAUGAGCAAAUGGAAACAGAUACAAAUGAAUCUCAAGUACCUAAGCCAGUUCCCAGAUUUCAGAAAAAAGAUGAAACUGUUUCUCCCAAGGCAGCGCCAAGAAAAAUUGAACAUAAGAUCAAAUCUCCAACAACACCUAGAAAGAAUGAAUUAACAAGACCUAAAACUCCUCCAAAUGUACAUAAGUCUGAAUUUAGUUUAAAUCUUACUAAAGUUAAAGGUAACUUAAGUAGUACUCAUAAAGAUAAUUCCCCAGCUUCACCUCCACCUUUGCCUGGGUCUUCUCCACCAAGAAUGCCAACUUCUCAACCACCUAAACUGCCAUCUUCAAACAAAUCUUCGGAUUCUCCUGUUACAUCGCCAAGAUUAGUCAAUAAACACAACAAAAUGACUACAGAUAAAGACAUUGACAAGAAACCAGUGUUAAGGUCAAAUAUACCUCCUUCUAAACCACCUAGGAUUAUGGUUGAAGAAACUACCAGAAGUCCCAGUCCUGCCCGUAAAGAUAAAUCUUCAAAAUUGACUGAUAAUGAAAGAAGUGUAAGUUCAAUGGAUACAAGUGAAAUGCAUGAAGCUCCAAAAGCUCAUAUUAAAGGCCCCAAGACUGAGUUUACAGCUGCUGUUGUUAUUCCUAAUAGGCCUCAAAAUGAGGAAAAGAACAGAGAAGUGUUUGGCGGUCUACUAAAAAGUUUGGCAGGUGUAAGGCACAAGUAUGAUCACGAUGAGGACAAUAAAGGUAAACCAAAUGGUGCUAUUUCUGAUAAAGAAAACAAAAGUAACGUGAAAAUAAAUGGUGCUAAACAUGAAGAGGAAGUUGGUUUAAGACAUAAGGUAGAUAAAGUCAAAGAGUCUGAGAAAAAGGACUUCAGUAAAAGUAAGAUACCUCCUAGACCAAAGUCUUCUUUUGUUUCUCAGAGUUCAAAUUUAUUUGAUUCAGAUGGGAAAAAAGAAUCCAAUGUUAAAGUUGAUAUUACCAAGAAAACCACAACUAAGACUACAGUGGUGACUUACCAUAAAGACGAUAAAUCAAAAAGUGAAGAAACUAAGACAACUGUUACUAAAGAAGAAGAUGAUGUACCUGAGUGGAAAAGGGCAUUAGAACAAAGAAAAAAGGAAAGAGCAAGGCCUAAAUCUGUUGAUAUUCUUAGUGAAAAGUCUGAUAUUGGAAAUGUGCCUUUGUGGAAAAUUGAGGCAGAUAAAAGAAAAGAGGCUAGAAAAGGUGGUUAUAUAGAUCCAGAAAAAGUAAAAAUUGAUGAUAAAAAUACAAAUAGAAACAAUGCAUCUCGUGCAUUAUCCCCUGUAGGGAUGAAAAAUAAAGACAUAUCAGAUAAAUAUGUUGCACCUAGUGCUGAUUAUAAAAUAGAAUUACCUCAAAGACACAAGAUAGAAUAUAAAGGUGAAAAUGUUAAUGAAAAUCAAAAACCUAGUGAAGUUUCAAAAAAGAGGAUAACUGUUGAUCAUAAGUUCAAGUUUGAUGAAAUUGAAGUAACACCAGCACCAAAGAAGCCACCAAGACCAGCUACUCAACCACAUAGUCCAAAAGUUCCAACUAGUCCAGGGCCUGCAAGACCUCCACCUCCCAAAACUGAAGGGUUUAAAGGAAGCAAACAUAUCACUGCCUACCAGAUACAGAAACAGUUACAGGUUAUUGACACAAAACUUACACAGCUAGAGUUGAAGGGACGUUCACUAGAGGACUCUAUAAGAAAUGUUCUAGCGGAGGAGACUGAUGAAGGUUUAGAUGAUGAAACUAAAGAUGAAGAAGAAGAUGACCUGAUGAUGGCCUGGUUCCAGCUUGUUAAUGAGAAAAACGAGCUUGUUAGGAAAGAGUGUGAUUAUAUCUAUGUAUCUCGUGAACAAGAGCUGGAGAUUGAACAGCAGCAGAUAGAUCAGAAAUUGAGAGAACUUGUUGAUAAGAAAGAAAAGACAAAAGCUGAUGAAGAAGAAGAGGAAUUGUUGAUGGAGAAGUUGGUAGAUGUAGUUAACCAGAGAAGUAAAAUUGUAGACAGUAUAGAUGAAGAUAGAAUCAGAUACAUGGAGGAAGACAAUGAAAUUGAAGCUAUGCUGCAACUGAAAGCUUUUAGUAAACAGUACAAAAAGCCUAAGAAAAAGAAAAAAUUAGGUGAGGAUAUUGUAUUGCUUCUAUGUAGCUUACUCAGGGUUUUUGAAGGAUAACAAAGACGGUGCUAUAAAGAAAGAGAAGAAGAAAGCCAAGCAGUUUUAAUAUGAUAGAUCAUCAUUUUACUAAAACAGAACUUCAAUAAAAAAAGGUCCAACUAAUUAUACUACACGUUGAGAUAUUGUACUGAUUUGUGUAUGGGCAAUAUCUCUCCUCUAGAAGCCAGAUUCUGACCCACAAGAAAAUAACUCAGUUACCUUUUUUCAGAGUUAUGCCCCUUUUCUUAGUGUCAAGCACUGAGAAUAGUUGAGAAUAGUCUUGUUAUAAACUUGGAAUAUAUCAGUUUGUUGAACAUUUAGACAGAAAAAACAUUUAUGUAAAUUUUAUGUGCUAUAUGUGUGUAAUGUCUCAGAUAUCAUUGUUGUAACAGGGAGACAGUUAUGUGUUGAAGGAAAUAUGUAUUCAUAUUAAAUGAUGUGAUAUUACAAGUUGGAAUCAAGUGUGCAAUAUUUAGUAUUUAGUUUAUUAGCAAGAUUGAGUGCAGAUCUGAGAAUGAACAUUCUGAGUUUAAGUUAUUGUUAAGUAAGGGGCAAAGUAUAAAUAUGUUAAUAUUAGAAUAGGAUGUGUCACAUAUGCCUGAAGUCUUAAUAUCCCCUUCAUACCUUCUUAUAUCUAUAAUAUGUUUAUUAUUAUUAUAUGAGCAGCGCCAUGACAAAACCAAGGUAAUGCGUUUGCGACCAGCAUGGAUCCAGACCAGCCUGCGCAGUCUGAUCAGGAUCCAUGCAGUUCGCUAUCAGUUUCUCUACUUGUAAUAGGGUUUGUAAGCGAACAGCAUGGAUUCUGAUCAGACUGCGCGGAUGCGCAGGCUGGUCUGGAUCCAUGCUGGUCGCAAACACAUUAUGUUGGUUUUGUCAUGGCGCAGCUCAUAUAUAGUGAUAGGGGUAUGUGUGUUAAGACAUCAGGCACUUGUGGGAUGGAUAGUAUUGAUGCGAUGUUUGUCCAGCUAAAUGAUAAAGCUAAAGUUAGAAAAAUGUAUUUGAUUUGUUGGGUUAGAAGUUGUUGGGGUAAAGUUAACUAUUUUUUUAAAUUUUUUUUUUUUUUGGUAACAUGUUGCUGAAUUCAGCUAGUCUUUAGUAGCCUUAUAACUAGCCAGAUUAUUUAUGGGACCAUUAAUAACUCAACAUUCCUGUUAUACAUUUGUUGUCAAUGAUUAAAUGCAGUAAAAAUGCCAUAUUUACUUACAUAUCUCUAUAUAUUUUUGGCCUUGAGCAUGGGUUAAUCUACAUAUUUAAUAAUAUUUUUUU